CCGCGCGGGCUGCAGCCAAUCGGCCUGGGGUGGGGUGGCUGCGCGCGCCGCUCGGCGGCCGCCAUCUUGUGGGAGGGCAGAGGCGAAGGGCAGAGCGCGGCGGCAGCGACCGAGGACAAGCAGCCAUGGCUGGCCAUGACUCGGGAUCUCAACACCAGUUCACCGGAUUUCAGAAGUACUUUAAUUCCUAUACAAUCAUAGGCAGGAGGAAUUAUGUAAUAGCGACGUACACAGCUGUUGCACUCAUCGCCUUGUAUUUCAAGUUUAGGCCUAAGAAGCAAACUCCUGCUGUGGCAGAUAAGUAAAUGGUUGCUGGCAUGUCGGAACCUCUGAUCUGUGUCAAUGUAACGCAAGCUGAUGGCCUGUUGUGCUAAUAAAAUAUAAAUAAUUACUUGUUUUAUUGGAAAUAUGAAAUGGUGCAAAAAAGCU